AUGAAGGCAUCCGAGAACUUAAACAAAGGGGGCCGCAGCCGGCGCGCAGCGGCUGCGGAAAGUUGUGAUGGCGGAUUUCCAAGGAGCGCGGCCACGACCCGAGCUCUUGGUGAUGCGAGCCCCCGCUUCCCACCCCCGCGGAUCAGAGAUGGGGGCCGGCUGGUGAAGGGAAGAAGAAACUUUGAAACCACUGGGGACACAUCUGUCUAUAGGAAAGAUGUCGCAUCAGACUGUGACUGUUGCGAGGGGAAUGAAAAAGGACUCUUGUUUCAGAGGCAACCAAGAGCUCGGGCAAUAGCAACUUCAGAGAAAUGCACCAUCGCAAGAAGUUUUCCUAGGACAGAACAAAACUUGAAACGAGAGGACCAGAGGGGGAGAGCAGGAGCCAGCCUCCCCUCUCCGCAUUUGCGAGCAGCCAGCAGCACCACGCCUUCAAGGACGAAAAAGUUUUACUACUCUAAGGGAAAACGAGUGAAAUGUGUUCCUGAGGAGGAGAGGAGAGAGCGCACAAGGGAAGGAGCGGACCGGUUGCUGGUCAUCGGUGGACGGAGCCCCGCGACCGGGCAGAGUCCGGGCUCGCCCGAGGACAGGAGGAGGAGCGGGAACCCGCGCGUCCCGGGAGAGCGCCCCGAGUGCAGGUCCCCGCCCCGCCUGGAGAGCCCCGCUGGAGCGAGCCCAGCGCGCCAGGGCUGGGGGGCGGCCACGACCCCCCCUGAAGGGGGUGGCCACGGAGCGCCGGCCGGCGACCCCCGCGCCCUGCCGAGCGGCCUUGUAGCUGCAGCCGGGGACAGCGGCGGCGGCGGCGGCGGCGGGGGCGGAGGCGGCGGCGGAGGAGGCGGCGGCGAAGGGGGCGGGGGCGGUGGCAUGCAGCCGGGCAGCGCCGCCGUGACCUCGGGCGCCUACCGGGGGGACCCGUCCUCUGUCAAGAUGGUCCAGAGCGACUUCAUGCAGGGGGCCAUGGCCGCCAGCAACGGCGGCCAUAUGCUGAGCCACGCGCACCAGUGGGUCACAGCCCUGCCCCACGCCGCCGCCGCCGCCGCCGCUGCCGCCGCCGCCGCCGUUGAGGCGAGCUCGCCGUGGUCGGGCAGCGCCGUGGGCAUGGCUGGCAGCCCCCAGCAGCCACCGCAGCCGCCGCCACCACCGCCGCAGGGCCCCGACGUGAAGGGCGGCGCCGGGCGCGACGACCUGCACGCGGGCACAGCGUUGCACCACCGCGGGCCGCCGCACCUCGGACCCCCGCCGCCGCCCCCACACCAGGGCCACCCUGGGGGCUGGGGGGCGGCCGCUGCUGCCGCCGCCGCCGCCGCCGCCGCAGCCGCCGCCGCGCACCUCCCGUCCAUGGCCGGGGGCCAGCAGCCGCCGCCGCAGAGUCUGCUCUACUCGCAGCCCGGGGGCUUCACGGUGAACGGCAUGCUGAGCGCGCCCCCAGGGCCCGGCGGCGGCGGCGGCGGCGCGGGCGGUGGAGCCCAGAGCUUGGUGCACCCGGGGCUGGUGCGCGGGGACACGCCGGAGCUGGCCGAGCACCAUCACCAUCACCACCACCACGCGCACCCGCACCCGCCGCACCCGCACCACGCGCAGGGACCCCCGCACCACGGCGGCGGCGGGGGCGGCGCGGGGCCUGGACUCAACAGCCACGACCCGCACUCGGACGAGGACACGCCGACGUCGGACGACCUGGAGCAGUUCGCCAAGCAGUUCAAGCAACGGCGUAUCAAGCUGGGCUUCACGCAGGCCGACGUUGGGCUGGCACUGGGCACGCUCUACGGCAACGUGUUCUCGCAGACCACCAUCUGCCGCUUCGAGGCCCUGCAGCUGAGCUUCAAGAACAUGUGCAAGCUCAAGCCGCUGCUGAACAAGUGGCUGGAGGAGGCGGACUCAAGCACCGGCAGCCCCACAAGCAUCGACAAGAUUGCGGCGCAGGGCCGCAAGCGCAAGAAGCGGACCUCUAUCGAGGUGAGCGUCAAGGGCGCGCUGGAGAGCCACUUCCUCAAGUGCCCCAAGCCCUCCGCGCAGGAGAUCACCAACCUGGCCGACAGCCUGCAGCUCGAGAAGGAGGUAGUGCGGGUCUGGUUCUGCAAUCGGCGCCAAAAGGAGAAGCGCAUGACGCCGCCCGGGAUCCAACAGCAGACGCCCGACGACGUCUACUCGCAGGUGGGCACCGUGAGCGCCGACACGCCGCCGCCGCACCACGGGCUGCAGACGAGCGUGCAGUGAAGCCAGGGCGCAGCGCGAAGAGGGCCGCCGCCGCCGCCUCCGCAGCCGCCGUCAGCACCGCCGCCGCCCCCGCCGCCGCCGCCGCCGCCGCCGCCGUUGCCGCUGCCGCUGCGCCGACCCUGCACCUGGGCCGCUCCGGGCUCCAGCCCAGGCCCAUCCGCCGCCCUCCCCUCCACCCAGAGACAGGCAUGCCCGCCCUUGGAGGAGAAAACGCGGGAGAGACAGACCGAGGAGGCAUUUUUGCAGUGCAAGGAAGGAGGGGCCAAAAAGUAAAAAGCAUAAUAAACAUCCAGACUGUUUUAUAUACAUGUAUAACAAACAAAACCGGAAGAGAAAAAGGGGGCGAUCAUGAGAUCUCGUUUAUACUGUGGUGGUGUUUCGUUUUUGUUUUUGUUUUUAAAGAAGGGUGAAGAUGCCUGACGCACCAAAACUGCACUCGUGAGGUUUUACCACCCUGAGAUGACCUACACGGCAGCGGUGGACAGCACCUGCCUCGUCUUCUCCUCUUUGAUAAAAAGAGAGAGAGAGUCCUCUUUCCUUUCACUUUCUCUCCCCAAAAUAGCUGCCUAAAGAGAUCCACGGAAACUUUAUUUCCUGGGAGCGACCUGAGAGAAAACAGAGGCACCAGGUUCCGUCAGGGGACGACACCGUGCUCUGGGACCCUGUUUUUCUUGGCCAUAUUAAAGUCAUUGGGAAACAAACAAAUCAACUCUGAAAUGGGAAGGAGGGGGAAAGAAAACAGUCUCCAGGAAAAAAAUAAUUAUAUUGACAGCUUCUGAAACUAACAGACUGAAUAGCAAAGCCAAAAGAAAAGUAUCCUCAAAGUAACCUUGGAAAUAAAAGCAUCGGGAAGGAGCAGAGGGAGAGGGGGACGUCCGCUGAGGAGUGGCGAGAGGCCCCGGCCGAGUCGGGUCGCGGGUGGGCGGGCGGACUGGGAGCAGAUCGGGGGCCCAGCCAGCAAGGCCGCCGAGCCAGGCCCGGCCGCGUACCCAGGCUUUGACGGCUGCCAUUCAGAGUGGACGAUGCCUAAAGAUUCCACCGCUAAUAUUUUUUUUAUUAAUAUUUUUAUUUUUUAUUUCUGGACUGACUCAGAUAAAGGAAUUUAGAAAGACUGAGCACCAGCCGCUGCACUUCUCUGGACUUCUCUCCUCAAUCCGUUGCCAACUUUGAUUGAAUGGGUGCUGUGGAUGUGAUUAUAUAAUACUGCCAUUUCCAAGCAGUGUUUUUGGUAGGUUUUAAUAAACAGACUUUUCAAAAGACGGCAAUAUAGAAUUGUUAGAUCCGUUGUUGAUCUAAAAAUAUUUGCUUUAUAUUUUCAUUAAAUGACUUCUUUUAAUAUUUUAUUCAGAAUACUUAUGAACUGCUGCAAAACGGUAAUUUAUUUUUCCCCAGAUCUUGUAUUACGUGUUUUUUUCAGACGAGCACAAAUCAAAAUGAAAUGAAAAUAUGGACAGUUGUUAGGUAAUAAGGGUAUCUUUUGAUGUGAUUAUUUGAUUGUAAUUUAAUUUGAGUAGUGAUUCCGUAAGAGCUGAUCGAGAAAAUAAAUUUGUUAGAAUGAAA